AUGGCAAUUCCACUCCAUCACAAAUCACCUGCGAUUGCUUUGCUGCAGAAGAUUCAGGCUAGUGACUUGGACACUUUUGGCAGGCAAACUCUACAGUUACCUAUAAGUGGCGAUGGACCUCUGAACGAAAUCUAUGUGGAGAAAAACCGAGCAGGAGCGAUGAACUACCCGGAAAGUGGCUACGAGUUCGCUGCAGCAGCUACCCUGUACAACCCGGCCAGUCUGGGCUACACAGCCUCCAGUGACUCGCACGGCUCCAGCAACAUCGGGGGGCUGCACUCCCUCAACAGCAUGUCUCCGAGCCCCCUGGUCUUUCUACAGACCGCACCUCAGCUCUCAUCCUUUGUUGCCCACGGCCAGCAGGUCCCCUAUUAUGUGGAAAACGAGCAGAGCAGCUGCAGCAGCUUUGGCUUGCGGGACGCUCCCCCUUCAACCUUUUACAGAAUUAACAGUGACAACAGACGCCAGCGAGUGAAUGAUCACCUCUCCAGCACCAGCGAGCAAAGUAGCCCAUCCGCAGGCACAUUAGAAUCCAGCAAGGAGACCCGAUACUGUGCAGUGUGCAGUGAUUACGCCUCAGGCUAUCACUAUGGAGUCUGGUCAUGUGAAGGCUGUAAAGCUUUUUUCAAGAGAAGCAUUCAAGGACACAAUGACUACAUGUGCCCUGCCACAAACCAAUGUACCAUCGAUAAAAACCGCAGGAAGAGCUGCCAAGCCUGCAGACUGCGUAAAUGCUAUGAAGUGGGCAUGAUGAAAGGUGGUAUCCGUAAGGACCGUCGGGGUGGCCGGAUGUUGAAGCACAAGCGGAGGAAAGAUGAGAAGGAGCACGUCAUUAAGAGUACGGGAGUGACCAGCAGACCGAGCUCCAGCAGCGUGAGCCCAGUGCAGAGGAGCACCAAGCACAGUUCCCUGCUUGGCAUGACCUCGGACGAGAUUCUCAGUACCCUGAUGGAGGCCGAGCCCCCUAUGGUUUACUCCGAACACGACCCCGGCAAACCCUUCACCGAGGCGUCCAUGAUGACUUUGCUCACAAACCUGGCUGAUAAGGAAUUGGUGCACAUGAUCAUCUGGGCCAAGAAGGUUCCAGGAUUUGUGGAUUUAACACUUCAUGACCAGGUGCAACUGCUGGAAUGCUGCUGGUUAGAAAUUCUGAUGAUUGGCCUUGUCUGGCGCUCCAUGGAACAUCCUGGAAAGCUCAUAUUUGCACCAGAUCUGGUUUUGGACAGGAAUGAAGGGAAAUGUGUUGAAGGGAUGGUGGAGAUAUUUGAUAUGCUCCUAGCAACAGUGUCCCGAUUCCGACUGCUGAAGCUGCAGUGUGAGGAGUACAUCUGUCUGAAGGCCAUAAUAUUACUGAAUUCUGGCGUGUUCCCCUUUCUCUCCAGUACCAUGGAAGCCCUGAACGACAGUGAGCAGAUUCAGAUAAUCUUGGACAAAAUCACUGACGCUCUGGUUCACUUUAUCACCAGGGCCGGCCUCUCACUGCAGCAGCAGUCCCGGAGACUAGCUCAACUUCUGCUACUGCUCUCCCACAUCCGGCAUAUGAGUAACAAGGGAAUGGAACACCUUUACAGUAUGAAAUGUAAGAAUGUCGUACCUCUCUAUGACUUGCUCCUGGAGAUGCUGGAUGCUCACAGAAUGCACAUGCCAAUGGACAAGCCCCAGCCUGCAGGAAACGGAGCCAAUCCAGUCAAUAGAGGGACCAUGCCUUCCUCAUCUUCACUGUCACUUAAGAAGACUGAUGCAAGUUUUGACACGUCGAGAUAG